AUACAAAGGAUCAUCCACGGCUCCUCCUCACUUGGACCACCGGCAGCCGCGAGAUCGCGUCUCACUCCGCACCAAAACAUUGCCAAAUUUUCAGCACAAAAAGGCGAUUACGAUGGCAGCUCAAGUGUCUGCAGUAAAACUGUCGAAUGGUUUCGACAUGCCAAUUGUCGGACUUGGAACCUGGAAGUCAGAACCGGGCGUGGUGGCCCAAGCGGUGAAAGACGCGAUCGACGUUGGAUACCGGCACUUCGACUGCGCGCACUGCUACGCUAAUGAGAACGAAGUAGGCGAGGGACUGAACGCCAAGAUCAAGGAAGGUGUCGUCAAAAGAGAGGAACUCUUCAUCACCAGCAAGCUAUGGAACACAAACCACCGCCCAGACAUGGUGAUUCCGGCGUGCAAAACAACUUUGAAGAACCUUGGCCUUGACUACUUGGACCUCUAUCUGAUCCACUGGCCCAUUGCUUAUAAGGAUGGAGAGGAGCGUUUCCCAACAGACGCAAAUGGAAAAAUGCUUCACAGUGAUGCCGAUUACGUGGACACUUGGCCCGAGAUGGAAAAACUGGUUGAACUCGGUCUGGUUCGUUCCAUUGGCCUGUCCAACUUCAACAGCCAGCAAAUUGAGCGCGUCCUCAAAGUGGCCAAAAUCAAGCCUGUUGUCAACCAAGUCGAGUGCCACCCUUACUUGAAUCAGAAGAAGUUGAUGGAUUUCUGCAAGGAGAGGGGCAUAUCCAUUACAGCAUACUCGCCACUGGGCUCGCCUGACCGCCCGUGGGCAAAGCCGGGAGAGCCUGCGUUGCUCGAUGAUGAGAAGCUCAAAGAGAUGGCCAAGAAGCUGAGAAAGAGUACAGCUCAGCUUGUCAUCAGAUACCAGGUCGAACGCGGUAAUGUGGUGAUCCCAAAGUCUGUGCACAAGAAGAGGAUGGCCGAAAAUUUGGACGUGUUUAACUUCAAGCUGUCUGAGCAGGACAUUCAAUAUAUUGAUUCGUUUGACUGCAACGGACGCGUCUGCGCAGAGCUGGGAGCUACAGACCACCCGCACUAUCCAUUCCACAUUGAGUUCUGAAUGAAAUAAAUUGUAACAAACAAAUAAAUAUUCUUGGAUUUGAUUAUCAAAUAAAAUUAUGGACUUUGUUUUUUUCUGAAAGCAAAAUUUAACCUGAACUCAAUAAUUGAUAAA